CGGACGGUGGCUUUAGACUCGAAGCUGUGGAAGAAGGGCCGCGAGUUCGGCCGUGCUCCGAUGGCCUGAUACGUACUGCGAGACGCAUUCAUGAAGCUCCACUGCCCUGACUCGUCGAUGGGCGUGCGGGGGUGACUGGAGUGAUGGGAUGGGGCCAGAGCCCCAUGGAGUUCGGGUAGACCCGUCUCCGGCCCAGCUCCCCAGCCCCCUCCGCCAUCGAUAUCGACACCGCUCCUGCCAGCGACGCAGAGGGCCGCCUCGAUCGCGAUGGAGGCCUCUAGCAAUCAACAACAAAAAGAGAAGGAGCCACGCGUUCACAGGCCUUACGCCUUCGACAAGAUGGAGGGGCUGGUGCGGGAGAUGCAAGACCCUGAGAGCGGGGUACCCGUGCGCAGCCAAAAACAAUUUCUCACCUCGAUCCCUUCAGCGUUCAUGGGUUACGACCUCAUCGAGUGGCUGAUGGAGCGGCUUGCCAUCGAAGAAUCAGUAGAGGCGGUCCAUAUUGCUAAUCAACUAUGCCAGUAUGGCUACUUCUUCCCGGUGAAUGACUCCAAGACACUUACUGUUAAGGACGAUAGCUCUCUGUAUAGGUUUCAGACACCCUAUUAUUGGCCGUGGCAACAUAGAACCCCCGACAACGUGGAGUACGCGAUCUAUCUGGCUAAACGAACUCUGAGGAACAAACAACGUCACGCUCUCGAGGAUUAUGAGAUCGAAGCUUUGAACAGCCUGCGUAAGAACUUGCAGAACAAGUGGGACAUAAUACAACUACAAGCAGAAGAACAGGUACGCUUAUCUAAGGAGCGCAAGAAAGGCGACAAGAUAGUGAGCGAUUCGCAGGAACGAGCAUUUUGGAGAGUAUAUCGACCGCCACCCGGUUGUCUCAGUAGCCUGGAAGCCGUGCCCGUACCCACUCGUUUUCGCCCUGGACUUCCACGACCUCCGUCACGUAAACGCACUCUCACUGGUUAGUGCCAAUCUUCAUCGAUUGGCUUUCCUGCUGUUUUAAAUCUCCGAUUUAUACCCGUAUAUAAUUUUUAACAGGUGGCCCUUCUACGGAAAAGUUUGAUACGCACGAGGAUAAAAGUUUCGACUGCGAUCGAAAAUUUGAAAUCAUACUUCGAAACGUACGUAGAAUACGAUCCAAUGUUCGUACAACCGCAACCUUCCAAUCCAUGGGUCACCGACGAUCAUACGUUUUGGCAAUUGAAUAGUAGCUUAGUGGACGUUCCUACAGAGAAACGCGUUAAACGAUGGGCGCUGUCGAUGGAAGAACUUAUGUCUGAUCCUACAGGUUUACAAGAAUUCACGAAUUAUUUAAGAAAGGAAUACAGCCACGAGAAUAUAAGAUUUUGGCUGGCGGUCAAAGAUCUCAGGCAUAGUUUUCAAGCACAAAUACCUGACAAAGUCAACGAAAUUUUUAGAGAAUUCCUGGCACCUGGAGCUCCGUGCGAAAUCAAUAUAGACGGGAAAACGAUGGAGAAGAUUCAUCAGGAAAUGAAAAAUCCGAGCAGAUUUACGUUUGAUUCCGCCGCGGAGCAUGUAUAUACGCUACUGCUAAAGAAGGACUGCUACCCUAGAUUUAUUCGUUCCGAUCAAUAUCGUAAUCUCUUAGCUGCUGGCGUGCAACCUCUGCAGAAGAAAAGAUUUUUCGUCUUCGGCGGCCAAACAAAGAAGAAAGUUUCCUCCACUUCGACACCAACGUCUAGCACUUUGCAGCACGCUAACAUAGGUGGUGGCGGCGGCAGGCGAAGAGGAAGCGACCGGAGUCUGUCUGGAAGCGCCCAUGAGCUCGCGGUGUGCGGCGUCCGUGACGUCACUUCCGCGCCGCGAGUUCCGCACUCCCACAGCCAGUCGAAUCUCACCGACAUUCCAUACAGGGAUGCUGGCACGACGGAAAUGGCAGUUCGCCCUAUGGACGACGUGUGCCCGUGGGAGGCCGUGCCGGGCCCGAGCACGGAGCACGGGGCAACGGGAGACGCCGUGUCCUCUGGAAGGACAGUGUCAGCUGAUCAGACCCGACACGUGUGGGACAGUGGCGGUCACGGGACGACCGCACACUCCGCCGAGGCACGUGCCUCCCGGAAGAAUUCGGCACAGUUGGACUCGUGCAGCUCGUCGUCGGACGUCAGCCUUGCUAUCGCGGACGUAUCCGAACGGUUGCGGAAGUCAUGUAGUUUGCAGCAUAGCGGUAGCAUAGGUACAUCGACUUCAGGCCCGAUAACGCGAAAUUAUUCUACCUGUUCAGCGAGCGGUCGUAUCAGGCUGGCCGAGAUAGGUCGUAUAUCCGUGUCGUCCUGUAACUAUCCGUCGCCUCAACAGUCAUUCGAGUACUCCCACGCGGUGGUAGAAAAGGUUGAAGAGAGAUCGUCCCUGGAGAAGAUCGUGCCCGAGGAGGAAACUGUCGCGGAAGCUGUCGUCGUCAAGGAGAGCCAGCCGAGUCCAAAGACAAGCGCGAAGGCGCCCUUAAUCAGCAUCAGCGCGAUCGUAGGCGAUCUACCGAGUGACAAUUCCACGAUGGAGAACGCCGACGAGGACGCGAGCGAAAGCUGCACGGCAAAGGAUGCGGGAGAGAUUGUCGCUGAGGAGAAAAUAAAAGGCGAGGACUCGCGGGCCGACACCGGGGCGGAUGUGUCGCCGGUGGCCGAGGAUCCGGCGACGACCGAGGAGCUGCUCGAGGAGGUGCAGGUCGUGCCUGUUUGGGAACCGGACGCCCAACAGGAGGACCGACCGGCGGCGUCGCAAGCAGAGCCUCGGGAGAAGCGUGACAAUAAUGUUAACGAAGUAUGCCCGUGGGAGGACGAGGAAAACUGUAGAGUGGAUGCACCCUAUGUAAAAACUUAUGCGACUUUAGGUUACUUGUAAUUUGUCGUUGAUAUUAAAUCUUGCAUUUUACAUUUACAACAUUCACAAAAUCGAUUUUCACUUUAAUCCACUUUACUGACCUCGCGUGUCCAGACCCUUGCGCGACGAAGCUUCGAUCGCUUCCUUAAUUAAGUAAAGACACAAAGCAUCUUUUGAGAACAAAGUUUACUUACGCGGAAGGAUUUAAUAAGACGAGUGCACUUGCAGUCACACGGCUACUGAUAGCAUUCAUUCAGCUGCAGACGGAUUUUCACGAUAUUGUGUCAGUAAUCACAAUGUUGCAUGCAAUGACAAAGAUUGCGACAGUUCGUUCGAUAGAAUUGAUAACGCGAAAAUAUGUAUGUCGCGAGACGAAAAACGAGCAUCGACGUCUAGUCUCUAACACUGCAUCGAGUACCUAUAUUUAUAUUAUACGUA